GUUUAUAGAAGUGUGUUUGCUUGUAAAAGUUUGUAAAAGUGUGUUUGCUUGUAAAAGUUUAUAGAAGUGAGUUUGCUUGUAAAGGUUUGUAAAAGUGUGUUUGCUUGUAAAAGUUUAUAGAAGUGUAUUUGCUUGUAAAAGGUUAUAGAGUGUGUUUGCUUGUAAAAGUUUGUAAAAGUGUGUUUGCUUGUAAAAAUUAUAGAAGUGAGUUUUUAAAUCAUCCAAUCUGGAUUUGGUUAUAAUUUAUAAUUAUUUUAGGACUGUUAACAAAAUAAACGCAACUCCUCAGAUUUACAAGAUAGUUGUUGAAGUUAAGACAGGAUCUAGCAAUGGUUCAAACUGAGCAAAAAAAAGACGAAACUAAAGAAAGUGGUAUGAAAAAGAAAGAUGAAAUCAAAAAAGGGGAAACCGAAUCAAGUUCUACGAAGAAAAAAGAUGAAACAAAUUCAAGUUCUAAACAGAAAAAAGUUGAAACAAAGUCGAGUUCUGAACAGAAAAAAAAUGAAACACAGUCGAGUUCUAAACAAAAAAACGAUGACGCAAAGUCGAGUUCUGAAAUAAAAAAAGAUGAAACAAAGUCUAGUUCUAAACAGAACAAAGAUGAAGCAAAGUCGAGUUCUGAACAGAAAAAAAAUGAAACACAGUCGAGUUCUAAACAAAAAAAAGAUGAUGCAAAGUCGAGUUCUGAAAUAAAAAAGGAUGAAGCAAAGUCGAGUUCUGGACAAAAAAAAGAUGAAACAAAGUCGAGUUCUGGACAGAAAAAAGAUGAAACAAAGUCGAGUUCUGGACAGAAAAAAGAUGACGCAAAGUCUAGUUCUGGACAGAAAAAAGAUGUAACAAAGUCGAGUUCCGAACAGAAAAAAGAUGAAACAAAGUCGAGUUCUGAACAGAAAAAAAAUGAAACAAAGUCUAGUUCUGGACAGAAAAAAGAUGAAACAAAGUCGAGUUCCGAACAGAAAAAAGAUGAAACAAAGUCGAGUUCUGAACAGAAAAAAAAUGACACAAAGUCGAGUUCUGAACAGAAAAAAGAUGACGCAAAGUCGAGUUCUGAACAGAAAAAAGAUGUAUCCAAACCAAAUUCUGAAAUACAAAAUAAUGCAACUAAGUCAAACUCGGACGGAAGUAAACAAAACUCAACAACCUUAAAAGAGAAUAUGAAAACUCUUUUGAAAGCUAUCCAAGAAAAAGACGAAACAUCAAUUCAAAGCAUGUUGAACAAGUUAGGCGUUGCAAUAAAUCAAGAUUUUAAAGAAAGUGAUAAAAAAUUUCUUGAAUCUCCACUUGUGAAAGCAGCAUCAAUCGAUUGUCAAAGCACUUUAGACAUGCUUAUAAAACAUGGAGCAGAUGUCAACAAGCCAGCAAUGGAUGAACAUGGUACCACACCACUAUUCAUGGCCGCUUCGUCAGGACAUCUCAAGAAUGUGAAAAUACUAGUUGAGAACGGAGCUGAUGCUAAUCAAAAAAUUAAAAAUCAAGAAUACACUGCACUUCAUGUUGCAGCAAAAGUUGGAAACAAUGACAUAGUCAAUUAUUUACUUGAUUGCAAAGUGGACGUCAACAUUUGGGCACUUAAUGGCUCGCCAUUAUUAAGGGCUGUGUUAUAUAAUAAAGCAAGUACCGUGAAAUUACUCUUGGAUAGAGGUGCAGAUAUAAACAAACAUGUAAAGGCAAAUGGAACAGCUUUAUGGCGAAGCGUAUUUGAAAAAGAUAAGGCAGUAAUGUGUAUUCUUUUAGAAAAAAAAGCUGAUGUUAAUCUGCAAAGUCAGUCAGACAAUUCCACUCCUCUGUUCAGAGCUAUUCGUUCAGAUUGGAAUGAAGGUGUAGAGAUUCUUAUUAAAAAUAAAGCAGAUGUAAACAUAUCCAGCGAUGACAUGACACCACUUUGUAGAGCUGUAAAAAAUGGAAAUGUUAAAAAUGUUAAAUUAUUACUGGAUAAUGGUGCAGACGUAAAUGGAGUUAGCACAAACAAGCAAACAGCAAUGGACAUGGCAAUUGAAUUGAAGUCGAAAAAAGAGAUUGUUACUUUAUUGCAGAAAAGUAAGGAUGAUUUCGCUCUCAAGAUGUUGGACGACAAAGAAACAAAGAUUUUAGAUAAAAUGGAGUAUCUGUUAAGCUGUAUUGAAAGAAAAGAUGCUGCAUUGGUUAAACAAUGGCUUGAAAAAUCAGGCACACAUGUUAAUGAUGAUAUUAUGGGUAAAGACGACAACUAUCUUCAACCACCCCUAAAUAAAGCUGCCACUGUCGACAACCAAGAAAUAUUACCCAUGCUUAUAAAACACGGAGCAUUGGUAAACAAAAUAGCAAAAGAUGAAGAUGGCUAUACCCCGCUUUACCUGGCAGCUUCGUAUGGUUGUUUAGAAAAUGUAAAAAUACUAUUGGAAAACAAGGCUGAUGUUAAUUUACAAAUCAAAUAUUUAAAAUAUUCUCCUUUGCAUGGAGCUGCAGGAAAAGGCCACACUGCUGUACUUAAAUAUUUAUUACAGCAAAAUCCAAAUAUAAAUUCAAUGGGCACACAAGGAACACCACUCUACAGAGCUGUGAUAUACAAUAAAUUCAGUUGUGCCAAAAUACUCAUAGACAACAAAGCCGAUGUGAACAUGCAUGUGAAACAGUUUGGUACACCCUUAUGGAGAAGUGUGGCAAAGCAAGAUAAAAUAAAUCUUGGUCUUUUGCUAAGCAACGGUGGAGAUAUUAAUUUGCAAAGUCAAUCAGAUAAUUCAACGCCAUUAUUUAAAGCUGUAAAUGCCAACUGGGAAGAAGGAGUUCAACUCUUAUUAGAAAGAAAAGCUGAUGUAAACAAAUCUAAUGACACCAUGCCACCAUUAUGCAGAGCUGUGCGCAACAAAAACAAAAACAUUGUACAGUUGUUGCUAAGUAAUGGUGCUGAUAUAAAUGCUUUAAGCAAAAGUAAACAAACUGCAUUGAAAAUGGCAGAAGAACUUAAAGUAUCAAAAGAGAUCAUAGAUCUACUGAAGCAAGAAGAAGCAAAAUCUAAGUUAGAAGGCAAUUCACAAGUAUCACAAAGCAUCGACGCAAAGGAAGAUGAAAAACUGGAAUUUACGACAAACAAAAUUCUUUUUGAAGAUAUGAAGAAACUUGAAGCGUCCAUUACUAGCAAAGACGUUUCGGCAGCAGAAACAAUUGUUAAAAAGAUCAAAAAAGAUAUCAACAAAAAUAUUAAAAGUGAAAGUGGUGAUUACCUUCAACCUCCUCUUACUAUAGCAGCAUCUAUAGAAUGUGAAGAAAUGUUACGUAUGCUAAUCAAAUAUGGUGCUAGUGUGAAUAAGCAUGCUGAGGAUAGCAAUGGCUUUACCCCUCUUUAUAAUGCAGCUAAGGCUAGCAUUUUAAAAAAUGUGAAAGUUCUGGUGGAAAAUGGAGCUACUGUUAACAAGCAAAUAAGGCAUUUUAAAUAUUCACCUCUCCACACUGCUGCAGGACAAUCAAACGAAGAAAUUGUGAAAUAUCUCCUAGACAAUGGCGCAGAUGUCAACAUUAUGGGUGAACCAGGAACACCUUUGUACAAAGCUGUCUUAUAUAACAAACACAAUAAUGCUAAACUAAUUCUUGACAAGGGUGCUGACAUAAACAAACAUGCAACUACAUCAGGUACACCAUUAUGGAGAAGUGUGGCAGAAAAAGACAAAGAAAUGAUGACUCUUUUACUUGACUAUAAUGCUGAUGUCAACAUGCAAAGUCUGUCUGAUAAUUCAACAGCUCUCUUUAAAGCACUUUUAUUAAACUGGGAUGAGGGUGUGGAAAUACUGCUUGAACGAAGUGCUGAUCCUAACAUAGCAAAUAAUCUAAUGCCACCAUUAUGCAGAGCUGUACGGAAUAAGAACAAAAAUAACGUGAAGCUACUGCUUGAAUAUGGUGCAGAUGUCAAUGGUGUGAGUAAAAGCAGCCAAACUGCAUUAGAGAUGGUUGAUUUAGUACUUGAUUUGGAAGUAAAAGCAAGCAUUAUAAGUCUGCUAACCAACCCACCAGCUGCUAAAAAGAAAAAAGAGAGAAUUGAGAAAUCUGAGAAUUCUGAAUUGGUUAGAAUGGCAACAAUAAGUCCUGUAAAUGGAAGUGAUGUUGAAAAGAAAGAUGUCAUGUUAUCGUAUCAAUGGGACCAUCAGAAAGAAGUUAUAAAAAUAAAGAACUAUUUGGAAAAUACAGGUAAACUAAAAGUCUGGAUGGACAUACAAGAUAUGCAUGGAGGAAUGAACGCUCGAAUGGCUGAGGCUGUAGAUAAUUCCACAGUCAUUGUUUUUUGCAUGAGCGAAGCAUAUGCAAAUUCACGUAAUUGCAGAAAAGAAUACCGUUAUGCUGAUUUCCAAGCAAAAGAUAUUAUUCCAAUUAAGAUGGAGACAAACUUCUCGCCAACCAUAGUACCUGAGCUUUCCAUAAUAAUAUGUAAUCAACUUUACUAUGAUUUCGGAAGUGACGAAAAGUUACAAAAAGAACUUCCAAAUUUAUUGAAUGCUAUCAAAAAGUUUUUGCAGUUUUACAGAAUGAAAGCUGGAUAUGAUCAAUCAUAUCAAAGCAAUUUUAAAAAGGGAAAAAGGGGGGAAACUUAUAACCAAUUAUGGUAUAUAACUCAACUUGCAUUUUUGAACAUAAAAAAGAAUAGUAGUGGGCAAAAAACCCAAAGAAUCUGGAAAUGUGAAAAAUUGGAACAAUGGACUAACACCCAAACUAAAUUACAACAAGAUCUAACAAUGGCUCAAAUAGAUGAGAAAAAUGAUGCAGCUGACCUUAAUUCUAAGCAAAAAACUGAUGAAAAUAAAUCAAACUUAGAACAAAAAAACAUUGCGCAGAAUGAGAUCAAGGCUAACUCUGAGCAAAAAAAUGAUCCAAUUAAAUCAAGUACAGAUGAAAGCAAAAAAAAUCCUAGUACAACAGCAUUAAAGGGAUAUAUGAGGGCACUUUUAAAAGCCAUAAACAAAAAAGAUGAAACAACAAUUCAAAACAUGUUAAACAAGUUAGGCGGUGCAAUAAAUCAAGAUUUUAAAGAAAGUGAUAAAAAAUUUCUUGAAUCUCCACUUGUGAAAGCCGCAUCAAUCGAUUGUCAAAGCACUUUAGACAUGCUUAUAAAACAUGGAGCAGAUGUCAACAAGCCAGCAAUGGAUGAACAUGGCACCACACCACUAUUCAUGGCGGCUUCAACAGGACAUCUCAAAAAUUUGAAAAUACUAGUUGAGAACGGAGCUGAUGUAAAUCAAAAAAUCAAAAAUGAGGAAUACUCUGCACUUCAUGCUGCAGCAAAAAUUGGAAACAAUGACAUAAUUAAUUAUUUACUUGACAACAAGACAGAUGUCAACAUAAUGGCAGCUAAUGGAACAUCUUUAUCAAGAGCAGUGUUACACAACAAAGCAAGCACAGUUAAAUUACUUCUAGAUAGAGGUGCAGAUGUUAACAAACACGUAAAACAAUGUGUCACUCCUCUGUGGCGAAGUGCAAAUGAAAAAGAUAAAGCAGUGAUGUGUAUUCUUUUGGAAAGAAAUGCUGACGUAAAUCUGCAAAGUCAGUCAGACAAUUCCACUCCUCUGUUCAGGGCUAUUCGUUCAGAUUGGAAUGAGGGUGCAGAGAUUCUUAUUAAAAAUAAAGCAGAUGUAAACAUAUCCAGUGAUGACAUGUCACCACUUUGUAGAGCUGUAAAAAAUGGAAAUGCUAAAAUGAUUAAUUUAUUAUUGGAUAAUGACGCUGACGUUAAAGCAGUUAGCAAAAGCAAACAAACAGCGAUAGAUAUGGCGAAGGAAAUGAAGUCAAACAAAAACAUCAUAGACUUAUUUUUAAAGAAAAGUAAGAAAGACGCUGAUCUAAGAAUGUUAGAUGACGAAGAAACAAAAAUGUGUGAGAAAAUGGAAUGUCUUUUGAAAUAUAUCGAAAGUAACGAUGUUAUUAUGGUUAGAAAGUGGCUUGAAAAACUUAGCAAACAUGUUAACGAUGAAAUCAUUGGUAAAGAUAAAAAAUAUCUUAAACCACCACUACACAAAGCUAUCAUAAAAAACAACAAUGAAAUACUAUCCAUGCUUGUACACAAUGGUGCGCUGGUAAACAAACAAGAUGAUGCUGGUAAUACUCCACUUUACCUAGCAGCUUUGUGUGGACAUUUGGAAAAUGUAAAAAUACUGGUUGAAAACAAGGCUGACGUUGAUUUACAAAUUAAACAAAAAGAAGAUUCUCCUUUACAUAUAGCUGUGGGUAGAGGACACACUACUAUAAUUGAAUAUUUGUUAAAACAAGGUGCAGACAUUAAUUUAAUGAAUACAGAAGGAACACCACUUUAUUUAGCUGUUGAUUCAAAUAGAAUGAGUUGUGUUAAAUUACUCAUAGACAACAACGCUGACGUGAACAUGUAUGUGGAAAUGUGUGGUACACCAUUAUGGAGAGGUGUGGCAAAAAAAGAUAAGAAUGUUAUUGAACUUUUACUAAAUAAUGAGGCGGAUGUUGAUUUGCAAAAAGAAAGAGACAACUCAACACCAUUAUAUAAAGCUGUAGAUCUCAAAUGGGAAGAAGGAGUUAAAUUACUAAUAGCAAACGCAGCUGACAUCAAUAUAUCUAACAACGACUAUCCACCAUUAUCCAGAGCAGUGCUAAAUAAAAGCAAAAACAUUGUAGAGUUAUUGCUCAGUAAUGGUGCAGACAUAAAUGCUUUAAGUAAAUCCAACCUAACUGCAUUGCAGCUAGCAAUUAAAUGUAAAGCACCAAAGGAGAUCAUAGAUCUACUAAAGCAGUAUGAAGUGAAAGCUAAUUUAGCACGGAUUGAUUUGGAUGACAAAUCAACAGCAAUAUCAGAAAAAAUGGAGUAUCUGUUAAGUUGUAUUGAACUAAAUGAUACUGCAAGGGUUAAGAUAUGGCUUGCAAAGUUGAGUGCACACAUCAAUGAUGAUGUGCUUGAUAAAAAUAAGAGACAUCUCCAGCCACCACUACACAAAGCUAGCAAAAAAAACAACCAAGAAAUAUUAUCCAUGCUUAUAAAUCAUGGUGCAUUGGUAAACAAAUUAGAAAAGGAUAAAGACGGCUAUACCCCGCUUUACCUAGCAGUUCAUUGUGGCCAUUUAGAAAAUGUAAAGAUACUAGUUAAAAACAAGGCCGAGGUUAAUUUGCAAAUAAAAUCUAAACAAGAUGCUCCUUUACAUGCAGCUGCAAGAAAUGGUCACACUGAUGUACUCAAUUAUCUAUUACAACAAAAUGCAGACGUUAAUGUGAUGAAUACUGAAGGAACAUCACUCUACACAGCUGUUGAUUCAGACCAAAUCAGCUGUGUCAAGAUAUUGCUGGACAACAAUGCUGAUAUCAACAAGUAUGUGAAACAGUUUAGCACACCAUUAUGCAGGAGCGUAGCAAAAAAGAAAAAGAUGAUCACAGACCUUCUACUAACUAACGGUGCUAAUAUUAAUUUGCAAAGUCAAAGGGAUAACUCGACACCUUUAUACACUGCAGUUGAAGUGAAAUGGGAAGAAGGAGUUAAAUUAUUGAUAGAAAAAAAAGCUGACGUAAACCUAUUUAAUAACCUCAGGCCACCAUUAUGUAGAGCUGUGCAACUGAAAAACAAAAACAUUAUACAGUUGUUGCUGAGUAAUGGAGCAGAUAUUAAUUUGCCAAAUCUUCAAAAUAAUUCAACUUCACUAUAUACUGCAGUGGAAGAAGGUUGGGAAGAAGGAGUUCGACUACUAAUAGAGCAAAAAGCUGACGUCAACAUAACUAACAACGACUAUCCACCAUUAUCCAGAGCAGUGCUAUAUAAAAGCAAAAACAUAGUGGAGUUAUUGCUCAAUAAUGGUGCAGACGUAAAUGCUUUAAGUAAAUCCAACCUAACUUCAAUGGAGCUAGCAAUUAAAUAUAAAGCACCAAAGGAGAUCAUAGAUCUACUAAAGCGGUAUGAAGUGAAAGCUAAUUUAGCACGGAUUGACAUGGCAAUGUUAGAUGACAAAGAAACAAAAAUACUGGAUAAAAUGGAAUACUUGUUAAACUGUAUUGAAGCAAAUGAUACUGCAAGGGUUAAGAUAUGGCUUGCAAAGUUGAGUGCACACAUCAAUGAUGAUGUUGUUGGUAAAGAUGGUAAUUACCUUCCACCACCUUUAAAUAAAUCUGCCAUCAACCAAGAAAUAUUACUCAUGCUUGUAAAUCAUGGGGCAUUGGUAAACAAAGUAGCAAAGGAUAAAGAUGGCUAUACCCCGCUUUACCUAGCAGUUUAUUGUGGCCAUUUAGAAAAUGUAAAGAUACUAGUUAAAAACAAGGCCGAGGUUAAUUUGCAAAUAAAAUCUAAACAAGAUGCUCCUUUACAUGCAGCUGCAAGAAAUGGUCACACUGAUGUACUUAAUUAUCUAUUACAACAAAAUGCAGACGUUAAUGUGAUGAAUACUGAAGGAACACCACUCGACACAGCUGUGAAUUUAAACAAAAUCAGUUGUGUCAAGAUACUCCUAGCCAACAAUGCUGAUGUGAACAUGCAUGUGAAACAGUUUGGUACACCAUUAUUAAAAAGUGUUGUUAAAAAAAAUAAAACCAUUGUUAAUCUUCUGCUAAUCAACAGUGUUAAUAUUAAUUUGCAAAGCGGAGAAGACAACUCCACACCGUUAUCCAAAGCUGUGCAUUUAAAUUGGGAGGAAGGUGUUAAAUUAUUACUUGCAAAAACAGCAGACGUUAACAUAUCUGACAACACCAUGCCACCAUUAUGUAGAGCGGUGCACAACAAAAACAAAACCACUGUGCAGUUGUUGCUAAAUAAUGGUGCAGAUAUAAACGCUUUAAGUAAAAGUGAGCAAACUGCAUUGCAAAUGGCGGAGAAACUUCAAGUAUCAAAAGAGAUCAUAGAUCUACUGAAGCAGUAUGAAGCAAAAUCUAACUUAGCAAGGAUUGAUUUGGCAAUGUUGGAUGACAAAGAAACAAAAAUGUCGGAUAAAAUGGACUACCUGUUGAAAAGCAUUGAAGGAAAUGAUGUUUCCAGAGUUAAAACAUGGCUUGAAAAAUUGAGUGCACACAUUAAUGAUGAUACUAUGGGUAAAGACAACAACUAUCUUCAACCACCAUUACAUAAAGCUGCCACUGUCAACAACCAAGAAAUACUAUCCAUGCUAAUAAAACAUGGAGCAUUUGUAGACAAAUUAGCAAAAGAUGAAGAUGGCCAUACUCCGCUUUAUCUAGCAGCCUCAUAUGGUUGUUUAGAAAAUGUAAAAAUACUAUUAGAACACAAGGCUGAUGUUAAUUUACAAAUCAAAUAUCUAAAAUACUCUCCUUUGCAUGGAGCUGCAGGAAAAGGCCACACUGAUGUACUCAAAUAUUUAAUACAGCAAAAUGCAAAUAUUAAUUUAAUGGGCACACAAGGAACACCACUCUACAGAGCUGUCAUAUACAACAAAUGCAGUUGCGCCAAAAUACUCAUAGAUAACAAAGCCGAUGUGAACAUGCAUGUGAGACAAUUUGGUACACCCUUAUGGAGAAGUGUGGCAAAGAAAGAGAAGAGUAACCUUAGUCUUUUGCUCAACAAUGGUGCAAAUAUUAAUUGGCAAGGUGGGGCAGACAACUCAACAUCAUUAUUCCAAGCUGUGAAUUUAAACUGGGAGGAAGGAGUUAAAUUAUUAUUGGAAAAAAAAGCUGAUGUAAAUAUAUCCAAUAACGUCAUGCCAUCAUUAUGCAGAGCUGUGCAAAACAAAAACAAAAACAUUGUACAGUUGUUGCUAAAAAACGGUGCAGAUAUAAACGCCUUAAGCAAAAGUAAACAAACUGCAUUGAACAUGGCGGAAGAGCUUAAAGUAUCAAAAGAGAUCAUAGACCAACUGAAGCAAGAAGAAUUAUUAUCUAAAUUAACCAGUCAACCAUCAAACAACACAGAUGCAAAAAAAGUAGAAAAGACGUCGGAGUUUACAACAAAUAAGAUUCUCGUUGAAGAUAUGAAGAAACUUGAAGCAUCCAUUACUAGCAAAGACGUUUCAUCAGCAGAAACAAUUGUUAAAAAGAUCAAAAAAGAUAUCAACAAAAAUAUUAAAAGUGAAAGUGGUGAUUACCUUCAACCUCCUCUUACUAUAGCAGCAUCUAUAGAAUGUGAAGAAAUGUUACGUAUGCUAAUCAAAUAUGGUGCUAGUGUAAAUAAGCAUGCUGAGGAUAACAAUGGCUUUACCCCUCUUUAUAAAGCAGCUAAGGCUAGCAUUUUAAAAAAUGUAAAAGUCCUUGUGGAGAAAGGAGCUACAGUCAACAAGCAAAUUAAUUAUUUUAAAUAUUCCACUCUUCACGCUGCUGCAGGAAAAGUAAAUGAAGAGAUAGUAAAGUAUCUGCUAGAUAAUGGUGCAGAUAUUAACAUUAUGGGUGAACAAGGAACCCCUUUAUACAGAGCUGUCUUGUAUAAUAAGUAUAAUCAUGCUAAACUGAUCCUCGACAAGGGUGCUGACAUAAACAAGCAUGCAACUACAUCAGGUACACCAUUAUGGAGAAGUGUGGCAGAAAAAGACAAAGCAAUGAUGACUCUUUUACUUGACUAUAAUGCUGAUGUCGACAUGCAAAGUCAGUCGGAUAAUUCAACAGCUCUCUUUAAAGCAGUUUCGUCAAAUUGGGAAGAAGGCGUGGAAAUACUCCUUGAACGAAACGCUGAUCCUAACAUAGCAAAUAAUCUGAUGCCACCAUUAUGUGCAGCUGUGCGAAAUAAGAAUGAUAAAGUUGUCAAAUUAUUGCUUGAGUAUGGCGCAGACCGCAAUGGUGGUAGUCAAAACAAACAAACUCCAUUACAAAUGGCAGAUUUAAUACCUGAUGUAGAGGUAAAAACAAACAUUUUAGGCAUACUUAACAACCCACCAGUGGUCAAGAAAAAAAGAAAGCACAGUAUUGAGAAAAUAACCGAAACAUCAGAACUGGUUAGAAUGGCAACAAAAAGUCCUGUAAAUGGAAGUGAUGUUGAAAAGAAAGAUGUCAUGUUAUCGUAUCAAUGGAACCAUCAGAAAGAAGUUAUAGAAAUAAAGAACUAUUUGGAAAAUACUGGGAAACUGAAAGUCUGGAUGGACAUUCAAGAUAUGCAUGGUGGAAUGAACGCUCGAAUGGCAGAAGCUGUAGAUAAUUCCACAGUCAUUGUUUUUUGCAUGAGCGAGGCAUAUGCAAAUUCACGUAAUUGCAGAAAAGAAUACCGUUAUGCUGAUUUCCAAGCAAAAGAUAUUAUUCCAAUUAAGAUGGAAACAAGCUUUUCGCCAACUUUGGUACCCGAGCUUUCCAUUAUAAUAUGUAAUCAACUUUACUACGAUUUUGGAAGUGAUGAAAAGUUAAAGAAGGAACUUCCAAAUUUAUUAAAUGCUAUCAAAAAGUUGUUGUAAGGAUAAAUAUGACACUGAAUAAAAACCUAGAUAAAAUAUGAUUAGAUCAGCAGAAAAUAAAUGUAAAAGUUUUUUGUUGUAGAUAAAAACAACUGUUGCUCCAAAUAAAAAAAUGUCCCAGGUGCUUAGUCAUUUUUUAGGCUAAUAGUUGUAUAGUGAGACAGAAUGGCCACUCCUUGAAAAUAGGGAUUUAAGAAGAAAUUUUAUAAAAAUAUCUAGUUAAAAAUUAAUAUAUAUAGUUGAAAAAAAUAUAAAAUAUAGCAUUUAAAUUAGUAUAAAA